AUGGUUGCCACGAUAAACUCUUACACCCGCGAACCGCACGGCGCUCUGAAACAAGCAGGCAGUCGGACUGAAAAAGCAGUCACGACUGACAAACAUGCGCGUUCAAACUUUGUCGCAGGCCAGCUUUACCCAACUGACCAGACAUGUGCGCUAUACGAAGCCAAAACAUGGAGGUUUACUGCACAACAACGCAAUGAUUCACCGUCUGUAUGGUGCGGGCACGUGAUAAAACCAGUGGUCAAGGUGGCAGAAGAGGGGUACUGA